AUGAACUUUAGGAGGAUUUUCCUAGUCAAGUGCUUGGUGUUUUUAUUUCCCAGUGUAAAAUGCUCUGUCACCAACUGGGUUUAUGUGGCCGUGAACGAGUCGGCUCUCCUUAGCAUCACUGCUGCUGGGACUGCGUAUGAUACAACAUGGCUGAGAGGCAGAAAAAGGUUGCUUCAGUUAAAAGAUAAGAAAGUUAAGUACUAUGUGAAGAAGGAGCAGUGCAGAUGUAAGGUGUUCCUAAAUGGGACUCUGCAUAUAGAGCAGGUGGCAAAAGAGGACAGUGGAAAGUACUCGGUGACUGUUUAUCAGCAGGAUGGAAAAUUUGAGGCAGAAGAAGACACAAUGUUGAUAAUUCAGAAGCCUGUCCCUCAGCCAAUCCUCAGUGUCGAAUGCAUGAAUAAAACUGUAUUUGUCACAUGUGAAGUAAAACAGAAGACUAAAGAUGAAACAUUUGUAAUGGAACUGACCCAAGACAAAAGCAAAAAAACCCAAAAGAAUGCAACAAGGUUGGAAUUGCAAGCGCAGUAUUCUGGGACGUUCAGAUGCAUUGUUAAGAACCAAGUCAGUGAAAAAACAGCUGAAAGAGCAGUUAAAUGCUCAGGCCAGCUGGACAUUUAUCUCAUCUUAAGCAUAGCAGGAGGUGCAAUCUUCUUUGUCAUCUUCAUGAUUUUGCUUAUUUAUUGUAUCAGGAAGAAGAAAGCAGAAAGGCUUGGAAAUGAUGAUGAGGAGCAAAUGAUGCAGGCUCGCCAGGUAGACAGUGGAAUGGUUGUGCGGGAGCUCCCUCAGCCGCCGUGCAAUCCCACGCCAAAGCAGCUGCGUGUGCAGCAGCGGCCACUGCCACAGCCCCAGGUGCAGCAGCAAGCGCUGCCCCCACGGCCCAGGCCCCGCACUCAGCAGAGGACUCCAAACCACCCGAGAGAAAGACCUUGA